AUGCUGCGGCCACUUCGCUUGAUACCGUCUGGCGUCCAGGGCUACCACCGCGACACCAUCGCGGCCUCCAGCGAUGCCUUCGCAUACUCCUCGACGAUGUCUUUGCAUAUCUUCCGACUCAAAGACAACACCCUCCAGAAGAUGAUCGCUGCCCAUGAGCGCGCCAUCUCCGCCAUCUGCUGGUGCCCGGAGGACAACAACCUCUUGGCGUCCUGUUCGUUAGGAAUGCGCAUCGCUAUUUGGGACGUUGAUGCAGAGGAGGAGCGACACUGCAUGAAGGUCCCUGAGGUGCCGCUCCUCAUGGAUUGGCCUGCCUCUGGCAACCAGAUUGUAUUUGCCACCACCAACGGCAGCAUCAUGUUCUGGGACUACAAGGCCAACAGAACUGCAAAGGCUUUCAGCGUACCAGAGAAGUCUGCGAAGGUGCUCCGAUCUCAUCCGAGGGCGGCACAAAAGCUGCU